UCUUAAUACAGCACACCUCCUAGGUCUGACGCUUUGACACCCCGUGAUAAUUAUAAUGCUUCAUGUCAAAGUGUUCUUGUGUGACCUUUUUUCAGGUUAUAUCAAGUACCAUAGAAUGCAGCAAUUUCUUCAGUUUCUAUAGUCCCUUUAGCUAUUACACUGCAUGUUGCAGGAUGGUAAACAGGCAUUUUUUAAGUUUCUUAAGUUCUGAGAAGACAUCUUUCAGACCCCCAAAGUAGCCUUUUCUUCCCAUGGGAAGAAAGGUAACACCCAACAUUCUAUUCCUCACACUGAGGACAGGAAUUGUUUUACUCCUGACUUUUAACAUCAGUGACACUAAUGUUACUGGUCUGAACUGCAGGACCAACAAAACCUUGAAUCUCUAUCUACUGGAUUCAAAUGUUUUUUUUGGAUAUACGCAGAGUGACUAGGAGCAUCAAGAUCUGCUCACCUUAAGGAAUUUGCUGCCAUUGUUGAUCCGAAAGAAGAAGUGCACUAUGUCCUGGAUCCAAAUCAGUGACUUGUUGGGUCUACACUGGGUAUGGUAGCCACUAUACAAGUGCUUGAAAUAAGAAAAUUAGGUUUGCAGGAUGUCUUGCUGCUCAGUUACGCACAGUGGUGUGCAUUCUGUGCCUCUCUUAAGCACAUCUUUAUUCAGCUUGCUCAGCUUUUGCAUCCAGGUAAUUUCACUGUGACAAGGAAGAAACGAAGUGUGAAGUUCCCUGAAGACUUUUCAAUUAACCUUCCUAAUCUCCUUAAGUUUAUUUUGCAUCACUCAGGUUUUUCUUCAUCAGAGCGCUGUACCAAGAAUGCCCACACAGAGACAGUUCUACAGCACGGACACAUCUCCCACUUAGAGAGGGAAAUCCAGAAGCUGAGAUCAGAAAUCAGUGCCCUUCCUCAGGCCCAGGAGCAGCUGGAAGCACAGCUUUCUGAAGCCAGGAGAGAGCAGCAGAAACUACAGCAGCAAAAACAUGCACUGGAAAAGCAGCACAAGACUCUGCAGCUCCCCAGCGAGCAGCUCCAGGCCACACACGACCACAAGAAUCAGGAAUUGUUAGAAAUGGCUGAAAAGCUUCAAGAAGUAGCUGAUGCAUCAGAAAACCUCCUCAAAGAGAACACUUUACUGAGAUUCCUGGUGGCAUCGAGGGAAGGGAAGCUACAGAGCAAAGAUCAAAUUAAAGAAUCCCUUCAGUCAAACACUUUCUGAAGAUAAUGCUGUAUCAGUUUCAACAGCUACUGCCACAUCAGAGGAAAAAAGGAUUGAUAAUAUCAGUACCACAGAGACAGGGCACAGUAGUGGAAACAGGACAGAAUGAUUGCUUACACAAAGUCAAAUGAUGCAGUAUUAGGUAGGUAUUUAUGCAAUUUUUAUUGAAAUUCAUUGUAAAUAAAGACUUCUUCCCCCACAUGAGCUAGAAAAAGAAAAUCAAAUGGAAUAUUUUUGUAUACUUGAACAACUUAUGAGAUACCCACAUCUAAAGAGAAGAGGAAUAUGGAAAGCACUUUCUGCAUUUUACUAUUGUGCUAACUUGCAAACACCUAUCCAUUUAAAUGAAAGAUGCUGAUUUUUAGGGGCAGCACCUCUGACUAAGGACCAGUUCUUUUUCACUGGCUUUCCCUUACAGUUGCUAGAAGAGCAAUCAGACCUUUGAUUUAUACUUUUCCAUUAUUUCAGAAGUUUGCCCUUUACACUGCAUUUUCUUGCUGAAUUUAUUUUAAAAUAGAGAUAUUUCAUCCAUGUAAUCAGUAAACUUGAAUGGACAAAGUCAUCUUGCUACAGCUGUUCUGUUCCAGCCCUUCAGCACUUGGUAUCACUUUUGUAUAUAACUUAUGACUGUCUUGAAACCUGCAAGAGCCAUGUGUGAACCGUUCUCUACUGAAAACUAAAGAAA